AUGGAGGAUCAGGGAGUUGUCAUGUUAGGUUCCAAUUUUGAGCCUUAUACCAAGAAUCUCAAUAAUGCCAGAGUUGCUUUUGGUGCAAGUGUUAUUGUUGGAGACGAUAACUUUCAAAAUAUUAUAAGCAGUCGUCUCACUUUUGUUGAUAAAUCAAUGCUCGUAAAAGAGUUUAUUGAGAGUUCGGAUUUUGUAUCACUUAUUCUUCGUCCUCGCAGAUUUGGCAAGUCGACAAAUUUAUCCAUGUUAAAACACUUUUUUAAAAUACCGUAUUCUCAAGAAGAAAAUGAUGUCAGCGGGAGACUUUUUGAAAACCUGAAAAUUUCAGCUGAAAAAGAAAUUAUGCAAAAACAUUUUAUGCAAUAUCCUACCAUUCAUAUCUCUCUUAAGGAUCUAAACACUGGAACAUGGGAUAAAAUGAUAGCAAAAUUAAAAAUACUUGUAGCUAAUAUUUACGGUGAACACGACUAUCUUAUUAACAAUUUACGUCCUUAUGAACAAAAGGUAUAUCAACAAAUUCUCAGCAGAACCUGUGAUGAAUCUGAAUUGGAGUUUUCUUUGAGGGAACUUUCCAUGUAUUUGCGACGACACUAUAAAAAAAAAUGUAUUGUAUUGAUUGAUGAAUACGAUUCCCCAAUGGAACGUGCUUAUAAUAAAGGAUAUUACGAAGUUGCAAAUGAUUUUUUUAAAGGCAUGUUCUCGUCAUUACUGAAGAGCAAUUCCGAAAAUGUUGCAAAAGCUAUGUUGGUCGGUGUAUUACGGAUCGCAAAAUCGGGGUUCUUGUCUGGGCUUAAUAAUAUUACGAUUUACCCUUUCCAUAAAGAACGUCGAUCGCCUAUUUAUUUAGACAAGUUUGGAUUCACAUCUGAUGAGGUAGAAUUAUUGUUGCCAUUGUGCGAAGAUUUGAAAAUUAAUGAUGUUCAGAAGUGGUAUGAUGGCUAUAUCGCGGGAGGCACUAUCCAUUUAUAUAAUCCGUGGUCCAUUAUUGGACUACUUUCAGAUGGUAUCUUGAAGACUUAUUGGACAGAUACAGGAAGUACUCAAACAUUGGAAAAAUGCCUAUGGAAAGCAAGCUCUUCAUUUAAGGAAUCCGUUGAAAAAUUGUUAAAAGGUGAAAAUAUAACUAAUGUGAAGAUUCAGGAUGAUCUUCGAUAUUCACAUUUGGAUCAAUACCAAGAUUUGGCUAUUUGGACACUUUUGUACUAUGCAGGAUACCUCACUAUGAAUUCUGAGAAACAUCUUGUUAUUCCAAAUGAAGAGAUUCGUUCAGAAUGGCAUAAAUGGGUGAUCAAUGUACCGUUUUUUACUCAAGGGCAAACUAUCACAUCAAUGUUAGACAAUCUUUUACAUGGAAAUUUGGAUUUAUUUAGUAAAGAAUUUGAAAAUAUGAUUGUAGAUACGCUUUCGUAUUAUGAGGUCGGGGGGUCUAAAUCUGGAAAAAAAGCAGAAUAUGUUUAUCAUGCCUUUUGCUUAGGAAUGUUCGCUAAUGCUCGUGAUCGAGGGUUUAUUGUUCGUUCUAAUCGUGAGGAUGGCUUUGGGAGAUAUGAUGUAAAAAUAGUUCCAAAAUCAGGUGUUGAUGAGACGGCUAUUAUUAUAGAAUUUAAAGUUGUUCAUGAUGAAAAAAGUUUACACGAUACGGCCCAAGAAGGAUUACUUCAAAUCGAAGAGAAGCGAUAUCGAGUAGGCCUAGAAGAAAAUGUCAAAAAACUUUUGGAAAUAGGAAUUGCAUUCGAAGGGAAAAAAGCUUGUGUAUUAGGGCAUUUAUUGCAUAGAACAGAUGAAGUUGAUUCAUUAAAACUGGAAAAUACUAGGCUUAUGGCUAGAAUCGCAGAAUUAGAACAAAUAGUAAAAGAAAAAAGUACGCUUGAAGCUGAGCUAAAACAAAUCAUAGAAGAAAAUGCAGAGAAAACGAAGUUAAGAGAUGCUGAACUCAAUGCUAGAAUAACGAAACUAGAGCGAUCAGCAAAAUUGGAGCAGAAACAAAACAAUAGAUUAGAAAAUGGCGAUAAUUCAUCUGAAAAUCAUGUCUGCGGAGCAGGGCGCUUUGCGCCUAAUAUGCACGACCCUGUUAUAAACCAAUGUAUUGAUACUAACUCCAAAUCAUUAGAGGAUAAUACUCUUGAACAGACAGAAAAUAGACCUACAGUAUCAGAAACCAUUCUUUCAAAAAACGAUCAAGAUGGAAAUUUAUGUGAUAUGAAAACCGUUCCCUUGGGGAAUGAUCGAGAUGUAAAUUUAUCAUGUGGUACAAAGACUAUUAGUUCGGAAAACGAUCAAACUGAAAUAUCUGAAUUGGAGCAAGAUAUCGAGUGUGAUAAAAAUGAAAUCGUAAAGCAGGCUCAACAUCUAUCUUAUUUAUUUAAAACAGCAAUCAAAUCUCGUCGACAAGAAAUCUUAAACUGGUAUUGUUAUUCUCUUGAAUUCAAAAACAGUGUACAUACUAUUACAACAGAUGAAUAUAAAAUAAUUGAGGAAGUUAAAUCUUUAUCAGAAAUUGAGACCAAGGAUACUAAGGAAAAAACUUUAUUUGUACCACAGGUAAAUGUUCAAUCUACACCAUCAAAAUGA